AGGCAAGUAGCCAAAAGAAUAUGGCGACAGUGGCACAAACUCACAUACAUAAUCUCUCUCAUUUUCUGACAAAAAAGUGGAUAAUAAUUAUAGAGAUAGGAAUACAUCCAAUUUCCAAUUCCAAUUCUCAAGACACUUCGAACUAUUAAUUCAAUUAAAAUAAAAUGUUAAUUAGUAGUAGUAGUAGUUUAAAAUUGGGUGGAUAUACCCUUAAUUAUAAUGCUACUGCUAAUGCUAGUAGAAUCUUCAGUCAAUCUUACCAAUUCUCCUCACUCCAUUCCCCAUUUCCACUAGUAAAGGGGAGUACCUUUCACGCGCUCACGGGAACCCUCCGUUUUCGCACCAGCACCAUCCGUUUCGUGCGAAUGGCCGUCGUCGAGGGAAAGGACGGGGAUAUGAUAUCGACGGGAACUUCAAGAUCGAGAGAAGAAUUGAAUAAAGGGAUAGCAGAGUUGUAUGAUGAAUCUUCAGGGAUUUGGGAAGAUAUUUGGGGUGACCAUAUGCACCAUGGUUAUUAUCAUCCUUCUCAAUCUGCUUCUAUUACAGAACAUCGUGCUGCUCAGAUCCGUAUGAUUGAAGAGGCUCUUCGUUUUGCUGGGUUUUCAGAAGAAUCAAGUAAAAAGCCAAAAAAUGUAGUAGAUGUUGGAUGUGGGAUAGGGGGAAGCUCAAGAUACAUAGCGAAAAAGUAUGGAGCUACAUGUCAAGGAAUCACGUUGAGUCCUAAGCAAGCCCAAAGAGCUCAAGCUCUUGCUGCUGCUCAGGGUUUAGCUGAUAAGGUUUUCUUUCAAGUAGCAGAUGCUUUGGAGCAGCCAUUUGCUGAUGGACAGUUUGAUUUGGUUUGGUCAAUGGAAAGUGGUGAACACAUGCCUGACAAAAGAAAGUUCGUCACUGAAUUGGCUCGAGUUGCAGCUCCUGGUGCCACAAUCAUACUAGUGACAUGGUGUCAUAGGGACCUCUCUGCCUCUGAGACUGCUUUGCGACCAGAUGAAAGUGAGCUCUUGCGCAAAAUAUGUGAUGCAUAUUAUCUUCCAGCUUGGUGCUCUGCAGCUGAUUAUGUGCAGUUGCUUCAAUCACUCGGUCUUCAGGACAUAAAGACUGAAGAUUGGUCUCAGUAUGUUGCCCCAUUUUGGCCAGCAGUAAUUCGCUCAGCAUUGACAUGGAAAGGGGUGACUUCACUGUUGCAAAGCGGAUGGAAAACAAUAAAAGGAGCAUUAGCAAUGCCAUUGAUGAUUAAAGGAUACAAGAAAGAUCUCAUCAAAUUUGCAAUCAUAACAUGUCGAAAGCCGGAGUAAUUCAACUGCUCUUUUCCUUCCGCGUACAAACACCUGAUAGCUUGGUGCCUUAAAUCGAUUUUCAAAUUUAUAUAUAUUGUAGACUCAAUUAGGAACGGGAACAGCAACAAGAGGGGGGGUGAAUUGUUGUUGUUACUAGUUUAAGCGUUUUUGCCCUGUUUUUGCGGAAUUGAAUAAAAUAAAUAAAGCUUAAACUUAGAGCGAAAUAAUUAAAAGAGACAAACGAUUUUUACGUGGAAACCUUCUAGGCCUAAAUAGAAGGAAAAACCACGACCCCUUGGAAUUUCUAAAUUCUCCACUAUGUUUAAGGCAACUCGUUACA